UUAGUGCAAUUGGCAACUAAAAACUAAGCUCGAUUACAGUUUGUGAGAGUAGAUCAGUACCAAAAAAAACGAAAUGGCAUCAGGACAGGAAAGAUCAGAACUAGACUCUAGGGCAAGGCAGGGAGAGACAGUUGUUCCUGGUGGAACUGGUGGGAAGAGCCUUAAAGCCCAGGAGCACCUCGCUGAAGGUAAACCUAUUUGUGUUUUUUUUUACGUACAUAGCCGUGGAGGGCAGACAAGGAGGGAGCAGCUGGGACAUGUGGGGUACCAGAAGUUGGGCAGCAAAGGAGGACAGACUAGGAAAGAUCAGAUGGGACAUGAGGGAUACCAGGAGAUGGGCCGCAAAGGCGGACUCAGCACCAUGGACAAGUCUGGAGGAGAUCCUGCUGCCGAGGAAGGCAUCGAGAUUGAUGAGUCCAAGUUCAGGACUAAGAGCCGUUGAUCACUACUAACAAGUUUUGGAACUCUGGCUAGCUAGGCUUUGUGUGAUGUCUCCUUAAUCUUUAUGUCUUUGUGGAAUGAAAUGGUUUAGGUUUAGUAGGUGUGUAAUUUCUGGUUUGUGCUUUGUAUUCUAUCCUAGUUUUAAGUUUCUGCUGAAGUCUAGCUUAGCUAGAAUGGGAAGGGCGUGAUAUAUGGUCUCA